AUGCCUAUCCAGGCCCCCACCUUCAUUGACGUUGUAAUUACUGCAGCCGACUUCGCUGCUAGCCGGCCCGGGAUGGACCUUAUCGACAUCUCAGGAAGAUUUUCGUGUUUCAACAGUUUUUGGAUGAUGGGCUGCCGUUACACAUGCUGA